AUCGGAUUCUGGGCCCCGAUCGAUGCGAAAGUUAAUUCCCUCCCUUCUUUACAGCAGUAUCAAUGCAGGCGAAUGAUUGCCUGCAAAAAGUGUCUUUUUCAGCAAGCUAUACGGAGGCACGAUCUGCUUCUGUCUCUGAAACACCGUCAGCAGACCCCGGAUGGACUCACCACGCAGUGCCCUUUCAGGCCUUCCGCCACGACGAUGCGAGUCCACGCGAGGACAGCCCACGGGCCAUCGGUCGGACGCUUCUGGCGCAAUAUUGGGAAUCGCAUGCAAGGGGUUAAACUUAUUGUCAAUGGCUCGGGGCUCUGGCGAAGGAAUGAGUGGGCUUAUGAUUGGGCUGCAGAUAAAACACGAGUCUGCGUGGAAGGCGAUGCGACAAAGGGACUGGCUGGAAUGACUUCGCAUGGUGGGUUUAGAACCUUUUACCGCAUGCGGCAGAAGUUGUCGCCUUUCGAAGUCAUGAAAGCUCAUCGCGGCACUUUUGCUUUCCGUGAACCGUGGGUUUCCUUAGCUUAGACACUGGCACACUGCUGUCAUUGCCUUUGCAGCUCACCCAGGCCAUGCAUGCCCUUCCACUGUUGAAUGUAGAAUUCAACCCGCCUUCCCUUGUCAUCUCCGGCGCUGUGCCGCAUUCGGGUGGCCUGUUGGACUCCUUGAUCGGCUGAAAGCUUAUACCUAGGAUCUCACUCAAAGGAUAGAGUUGGC